AUGACCGAACCUGAUAAAAAAAGGAAAAGAUCAUGGUCGUUACGAACACAAAUGUUUAACAAACAUUUGUUUGAAAACUAUCACAAUGACGAUAAUGUUGAAAUGAAUGAUAUAGAUGAGGAGACUGAAAAUGACGAGGGACAUAUAGGCGACUUUAAUUCAAUAGAUGGUCAAACAAAAAUACGAAAUCAUCAAUCACCUAGACUAGUAACAAAAAUUCUCGAUAUGUUAUUUGACAGAAGGACUCAAGUACAUUCAGUAGAUGGUAGACAUAUUCCGAUAUCUCUAGAUCAUAGUUCUGCCAUAUCAGACAUUUAUCCCGUAGACAGACAUGGAAAUUUAGUUGAUGAAAGAUAUGGAUAUGCGUACUGUAAUAAUCUUAUUACAUCUUCCAGGUACACGAUUAUCUCAUUCUUUCCAAGACAGUUAUAUGCACAAUUUUCUAAGUUAGCCAAUGUUUACUUUUUUAUUGUCGCGAUAUUACAAAUGAUACCUGGAUGGUCUACAACAGGCACAUAUACAACGAUUGUUCCACUCUGUGUUUUUAUGGCUAUUUCCAUGGCAAGAGAGGCGUAUGAUGAUUAUCGAAGGCAUAAAUUGGAUAAAGAAGAAAAUAACAAACUAACAAAAGUUCUCCAAAUAUUGCACGAAAGAGAGGAUAACGAUUUAGAUCUUGAAAAUAAUGCACAACAUUCAGCGAAUAAUCCUGAAAGCAUCUCAAAUCUUUAUUUCAAUAAUUUUGAUUUAUUGGCAAAAAAAUACAAUGUUCGCAUUGUGGAAAAAAAAUGGAAGGACAUUCGUGUAGGUGAUUUUGUUCUUUUACAGCAGGAUGAUUGGGUACCUGCAGACAUAUUAAUCUUAACAUCAGAUGGGGACAAUAGUGAGGUAUUUAUUGAAACUAUGGCUCUUGAUGGUGAGACAAAUCUGAAAGGUAAAGUUCCUCAUCCAGAAAUAAACAAAUUAACUAAAUCCGCAUCUGGUUUGGCGAAUAUUAACGCACAAGUUACAGUUGAAGAUCCUAACAAUGAUCUUUAUAAUUUUGAGGGUAAUCUGGAAUUAAACUCAGGUAGCAGCUCUAAAAAAAAAUAUCCCCUAGGGCCAGAUAAUGUCAUCUAUAGAGGAAGUAUUAUUCGAAAUACCAGAAAUUGUGUUGGGAUGGUCAUCUUUACUGGAGAAGAAUCUAAAAUUCGUAUGAAUGCCCUAAGAAACCCCAGGACAAAGGCACCAAAACUGCAAAGAAAAAUCAACAUGAUAGUUGUUUUUAUGGUCUUUGUGGUGGCCUGUAUGUCUCUAUUUUCUUACUUAGGUCAUACCAUCCAGAUUAAAAGAUAUGUUAAUAAUAAUAAGGCGUGGUACCUUUUACAAGAAGAUGCUGGGACUGCGCCAACAAUAAUGUCAUUUAUUAUUAUGUAUAAUACCAUCAUUCCACUUUCGUUAUACGUCACAAUGGAACUAAUCAAAGUCGCCCAAAGUAGAAUGAUGGAAUGGGAUAUUGAUAUGUAUCAUGCUGAGUCAGAUACCCCUUGUGCUGUUCGCACAGCAACAAUAUUAGAGGAACUUGGUCAGGUCUCUUAUAUAUUUAGUGACAAAACUGGUACUUUGACUGACAAUAAGAUGUUGUUUAGAAAACUUUCUUUCUGUGGUACAUCUUGGGUGCAUAAUGCGACCCAAGAUAUCAGUGAGUUUAAACCUGCCCAGUUGUCCAACAAAAACGAUAUUGAUGUCAUUUCAAUAGAUGAUCAGAGUUUUUUAUCAAAACUUGGAUAUACUUCACAAUCUAACCCAAAAAGAUAUAUGGAUAUAAAUGAUUUUCCAGAUAGAAGAACAUCAGUGGAGUAUAAAGGAAAUGCGACUGUGAAAUAUACUGGUAGACCUAGUAUGAGGUCAUUGUACGUUCCACCAAAAAAGGAAACAAAUGCGUCAAAUUCACAGGAUGCUAGCGAUAUUCCAGAGGAUAUCAAAAGUACUUUUGAACUUAUAUAUUACAUCCAGUCAAAUCCCAAAAGCUUAUUUGCUAAAAAGGCCAAAAUGUUUAUUCUUUCACUUGCUAUCUGCCACAUUUGUUUGCCCAAGAGAACUGAGGAAGGAAAUGAUGAAGAUGACAUCAUUGAAUACCAAUCAUCUUCUCCAGAUGAAUUAGCACUAGUCACAGCUGCAAGAGAUAUGGGAUAUAUUGUGUAUAAUAGAAACGCAAACAUAUUAACGCUAAAAACAUUCCCCGAUGGUUUUGAUGAACUUCCUAGAUUUGAAAACUUUGAAAUAUUAGAGCUAGUAGAUUUUAACUCUCAGAGAAAACGUAUGUCAGUUAUUGUAAGAGUACCUGAGGAGAAGGAUAGAGUACUUCUUUUUUGUAAGGGUGCUGACAACGUGAUUUUAGAAAGGUUGCAUAAUAAAGAAAUGGCUCUCGAUAUGUUGGAUCAGGUUGAAAAUAAUACCAAAUAUCGUAAAGACGCCGAGGCAGAACUCGUCAUUCAACACAGAAAAUCUCUGGAACGUGCAGUCAAUGAUGAUCUUCCAAGGACAUCAUUAAGAAACUCCAUUUCUAGGGGACCUAGGGAAAGUUUGUCUCUACAAGCAGCUAGAAAAAGUAUGUCUAGGAAAAGUAAUCAGUUACAAGAUCCAGAGAUGCAAUUAGGUACAAUUGACCAAUUUCUUGAUAGUGUCCAAAAAACUGAUAAAGAAAUUGACGCUGUUGUCAGUCAAGCCCGUAAAUCGUUGGCGAAACAACGUUUAGAAAAGUAUGGACCCAGGUUAUCAAUGGAUAGUCCUCAAAUAGUAGCUGCAGAAAAAUCACCGCAAGUUAGUAAUGGUAAUGAUGUGCUUCUCAAUUAUAUUGGUAGCGACGCACUUAUCAGCAAUGAAGAGUAUGUUUUAGAGAAAACCUUGGAGGAUAUCGAAAGUUUCUCAACUGAAGGAUUGAGAACUUUAUUAUUUGCUCAUAAAUGGAUAAGUAAUGAAGAUUUUGAGCAAUGGAGAACUAGAUAUCAUGAAGCCAAAACUUCUCUUAGUGAGAGAAAACAGAAAAUUGAUGAGGUUGGUGCCCAAAUAGAGGAUGAACUAUAUCUUCUAGGUGCGACAGCUAUUGAAGACAAACUACAAGAAGGGGUUUCAGAAGCUAUUGAAAAAAUUCGUAGGGCUGGCAUAAAAAUGUGGAUGCUUACAGGUGACAAGAGAGAAACCGCUAUAAACAUUGGAUAUUCAUGUAAAUUAAUUCAUGACUAUUCUACUGUGGUAAUAUUAACAACUAGUGAUGAGAAUAUUAUAUCAAAAAUGAAUGCCAUUUCUCAAGAAGUUGACUCGGGAAAUGUGGCACACUGUGUAAUCGUUAUAGAUGGUGCAACACUUGCUAUGUUUGAGGACAAUCCAACUUUAAUGUCAGUUUUUACAGAGCUGUGUACUAAAACUGAUUCUGUUGUUUGUUGUAGAGCCUCUCCUGCUCAAAAGGCCUUAAUGGUCUCAAACAUAAGAAAUACCGAUAAAAGUAUUGUGACUUUGGCCAUAGGUGAUGGUGCAAAUGAUAUAGCUAUGAUCCAAUCUGCUGAUAUUGGUGUUGGUAUCGCUGGUAAAGAGGGUUUGCAGGCCUCAAGGUCGGCAGAUUAUUCUAUAGGGCAAUUCAGGUUUAUCCUUAAACUGCUUCUGGUUCAUGGAAGAUACAAUUAUAUCAGAACUGCAAAAUUUAUUCUGUGCACAUUCUAUAAGGAAUUGACUUUCUAUUUGACUCAGUUGAUUUAUCAGCGUUAUACAAUGUUUUCUGGUACCUCAUUAUAUGAGCCUUGGUCGUUGUCGAUGUAUAAUACAUUAUUCACAUCACUACCAGUUUUAUGUGUGGGUAUGUUCGAGAAAGAUUUAAAACCUGUUACUCUCCUAACUGUUCCAGAACUCUAUUCUAUGGGGCGUUUGUCAAAAGCUUUUAAUUGGUCAAUAUUUGCCGAAUGGGUAUUUCUUGGGACAGCAAAUGCAUUGAUAAUAACUUUUUUGAAUAUUGUUGCUUGGGGUGAAACAAGCUUGUCAGACAACACCUUAUAUCCUCUCGGAUUUGUCAAUUUUAGUGCAACCGUUGCUCUAAUAAAUGUGAAGGCUCAGUUUAUUGAGAUGAGGAACAGGAAUUGGCUAGCAUUUACGUCUGUGAUAUUAUCUUGUGGUGGGUGGUUAGUAUGGUGUUGUGCUUUACCGAUUUUAAACAGAUCAGAUGGAAUAUAUGACGUUACAUAUGGUUUGUAUCAUCAUUUUGGAAGAGAUAUUACAUUUUGGUGCACUAGUUUGAUUCUUGCCGUGCUGCCUAUUAUUGUUGACGUUGUAUACAAGACUUUUAAGAUCAUGUUGGCACCAAGUGAUUCAGACAUUUUUGCGGAACUUGAACAAAAGAGUGAAAUCAGAAAGAAACUUGAACUCGGUGCAUACAACGAGAUGAAGCAGGGAUGGACAUGGACACAAGAUCAAAGCACAUUUGAUAAAUACAAAGAUAUCGUCUUCAACAGAUCUCGAUCAGCGUCAUCUGCUACAGAAGUAAAUAGCAUGACAAACUUAGCACACGGCAACUCGGAAGACGAUCAGUAUUUGUCCUCGCGUUUUGCUAACGAUGACAUCCAUACAAGUUAUAGUGGUAACUCUGCUACUUCUCCUCCGAAACCAACUAGAGGUAAUAGCUUGAAGCUUUUAUCCUUGAAUAUAACCGGGAACUCACGGUCCUCAGAAGAAUAUGAGGUACUCCCCAGUGGCAAAUUGAUUAAGAGACAAUCAACGGAAUUACAAAAAGCAACAAAUAAUUCUGAGAACAUGGCAUCCAAAUUGACCAAAAAGUUAAGGUUCAAGAUGAAAGAUGAGGAAGACGAUGAAGAGAUAGAUCGAAUAAUCAGAGAUAGGAUGAAGGACCUAGAGUGA